AUGUCUUUUUUGCUUGCCUACUAUAGGUCACAACCAACAAAUUAUGCUCGGCCAUUAACCAAACAUUCGGAUUUGGCUCAGAAUUAUUAUUUUAACCGGGAUACGCGACGAAAUUAUCCACGUUUAGCCGUCUACACUCAAGAAGAUGUUGCCUUGUUAAUUGCGGCGUCUCACUUGAAAAGCAUCACAUCAGGAGAACAAGGGUCCAGUGAAUCAACCCAAAUAGUCACCAUUCCCGAAAAUAUCACGCUGACCGAAGCGAUUGCAUUCGUGCCACCAUUGUACAGUGCUGAAAAGUUACCACCAACUCCUCAUUUCCAUCCGACAUAUAACUGGAAAAAGUCUGACGAUGCUGAUGCGUUACCUGCAGACGUUAAAAUUACCAUAACACUCAUCACAAUAUUGGCCCUCUUGGUUCCUUGCGGAUAUAUUAUGAAAUUACUCAUCAUGCUGACAUCUUCAUUGUACCAUACCGAUAACAAUACUACAAGUGUAAAUAACCCCAGUAACCUCACGACGCCUAUCGAUGAGUCGAUACUCACGACAAUCGUUACACCCACAACGUGGUCGUCAUUCAAUCUCCCUUUUUGUACCGCAUUAAGCCCUUCUGAUAUUGUCCUUCACAGCGACAUCGUUUACUCCACAUUUCCACUUCUUGUGAUCAAAUUAUUCCCUUCCAUAACGGACACCGAGUUCUGGUUUAGAGUAAUGUGCAACCGAUUAAUGCAGCACCUUCACCUUGGCCUAUUUUUCUUGGGAUCAAUCAGCAACAUAUAUACGGCUUAUAUAACUGUCGACGAACUAUUUGGCAUAUUUAUGGGAGAGAUUAGAAGGGAAACCAGGAAAACAACCCUGGCGGUUGUUUGCGCGAUAGUAAUGUGCUUCUGGUUUCACUAUACGCUGACCGCUUUCAGUGUACCAUCUACGAGGGAAUUCUUACAAGAUCUGCCGGUGUGGUUUUUACGAUGGAUCACAAUAAGUUUGGCGAUAUUCGAUUUUGGAUUAAGAAGAGUGUUUUUCCGGAUGAACAGGUUUAGCGAGGAAGACAUUGAGAUAAUAUCCGUGCAAAAGAUGGAUUUUAAUGACGAUUGUUAG